AGUGUAAGUUGAGCUGUUCAUUUCUUUUUUGACAUUUUCUAGGAUACAUUACCAACAAGACUGUGUUAUCUCUUGCUUUUUUUCUAAUCCAUACCCAGCUGAAUAGGGUUGAUCUUUCUUGACCGGGAGCAACUGGACAAACAAACAAAAAAACAGUAGGGAGGAAGAAGAUAAAAAGUCUGGACAUUUUCUUCUGUCUAAAUUCCAGGCUACCCAGAAACCCUAACUUCAUAUGGGUUGCUGUUUUCAGCAGAAAUUUGAGUAAUGCCACAAGUCAUCAUCAGUGAAGUAGUUUGGCACUGAAAUAAUGUUAAGAAGAUGCACUUGGUAUGGAUGAGAGAUAAACGUAUAUAGUUGAAGUUAUGGAAGGAGACCACCAUCAAUUAUUGUUGGCAUGUGUAAUUUCUGGGACCCUUUUCUCUCUUCUCGGCUCAGCAUCAUUUUCUGUUCUUUGGAAAGUAAACUGGCGACCUUGGAGGAUUUACAGUUGGAUCUAUGCUCGAAAAUGGCCGGGUUUCUUACAAGAACCUCAGCUUGGUUUGUUUUGCGGCUUUCUAUCACUAUCUGCAUGGACACUUGUUGUUUCUCCAGUCAUCAUGCUUAUUAUUUGGGGAUCUUGGUUGAUUAUCAUUUUGGGUCGAGAUAUAGUUGGUUUGGCUAUUAUAAUGGCUGGAACUGCUCUUCUUUUGUCAUUUUAUUCGAUUAUGCUUUGGUGGAGAACUCGAUGGCAAAGCUCAAGGGCUGUUGCUAUUCUUCUUCUUCUUGCUGUUUCUCUCCUCUGUGCCUAUGAACUUUGUGCUGUUUAUGUUACAGCAGGUUCACGUGCAUCAGAAAGAUAUUCACCGUCUGGUCUCUUCUUUGGUGUAUCAGCAAUUGCACUUGCAAUAAACAUGCUUUUCAUUUGCAGGAUGGUAUUUAAUGGAAAUGGCUUAGAUGUGGAUGAAUAUGUCAGAAGGGCAUACAAAUAUGCAUAUUCUGAUUGUGUUGAAGCUGGCCCAGUUGCAUGCUCACCUGAACCACCAGAUCCUCAUGAGCUAUAUCCUCAACAAUCUCGAAGGGCUUUGCAUCUUGGGCUUCUAUACCUUGGCUCACUAGUGGUUCUCCUCGUGUACUCCUUAUUAUAUGGAUUGACAGCAAAAGAAUCCCGUUGGCUUGGGGCCAUUACUUCUGUUGCCAUCAUUGUUCUUGAUUGGAACAUGGGUACAUGCUUAUACGGAUUUCAGCUCCUAGAUAGUCGUGUUACAGCACUUUUUGUGGCUGGCGCUUACAGAGUAUUCUUGAUCUCCUUUGGGGUUCAUUACUGGUACCUUGGACAUUGUGUUAGUUAUGCCAUUGUUGCAUCAGUGCUUUUAUGUGCUGCUGUUUCACGUCAUUUAUCAGUAAAAGACCCAUUAGCGGCACGCAGGGAUGCUCUGCAAAGUACAGUGAUUCGUUUAAGAGAGAGUUUUCGAAGGAAAGAGCACAAUACUUCGUCUAGCUCUUCUGAAGGUGGUGGGACAGAUGUUAAAGGGGUCAACAGUGAUAAAAGCAUGGAUAGUGGGAGGCCAAGUACAGUGUUAAGAAGCAGCUCUAUUCGCUCAGUUGUUCAAGAAACUGAAACAGGAACAUCUUAUGUUGUUGAUAGAAAUUUUGAUCAAAGCGGUUCUUUAGUUGUUUGUUCCAGUAGUGGUCUUGAAAGUGAAGGACGUGAGUCAAGUGCAUCAACUUCCGCAAAUCAACAAUGUCUAGAUUUGAAUUUGGCACUUGCGUUCCAAGAAAAGUUAAAUGACCCUAGGAUUACAUCCAUGUUAAGAAAGAGAGAAACACAUGGUGACAUUGAACUGACUAGCCUAUUGCAAGAUAAAGGGUUGGAUCCUAAUUUUGCCAUGAUGUUGAAGGAGAAGGGAAUGGACCCAACUAUUCUGGCAUUACUGCAGAGGAGUAGCUUAGAUGCAGACAGAGAUCAUAAGGACAAUACUGAUUCAGCUAUUGUUGAUUCCGCAAGUUUAGACAAUGCAUUACCUCAUCAACUUUCUCUGUCAGAAGAACUUAGGCUGAAGGGGAUGGAAAAAUGGCUUCAACUAUGUAGGGUUUUUGUUCACCAUAUAUCAAGCACUCCAAAGAGAACAUGGGUGCUCUUUAGCCUGGUUUUUAUUGUUGAGACGGUCAUAGUGGCCAUUUUCCGUCCCAAGACUAUAACAGUCAUAAAUACCACCCAUCAACAAUUUGAGUUUGGUUUGGCAGUUUUGCUACUGUCUCCCGUUUUCUGUUCCAUCAUGGCAUUCCUUCAGUCACUUCGAGCAGAAGAAAUGUCAAUAAGCUCACAACCUCGUAAGUAUGGCUUUGUUGCUUGGCUGCUGAGCACUUGUGUUGGUCUGCUGCUUUCCUUCUCAAGUAAGUCAUCAAUUAUGCUGGGACUGUCUUUGACUGUCCCUCUUAUGGUUGUAUGUUUGUCAUUUUCCAUUCCAAUAUGGAUUCGUAAGGGCUACCAGUUUUCAGUUUCAAGUAAUGAUGUGAAUCAUGGAGGGGACCAUCAGAGAUCUGGGUUUAAGGAGACUGUAAUUCUUUUCAUCUGCAUAUCUGUUUUUGCUGGAUCUGUAAUUGCACUUGGUGCAAUAGUAUCUUCCAAACCUUUGGAUGCUUUACAUUACAAGGGAUUGACUGGUGUAAGUGGUAUGGCUACUUCUCCAUAUGCAUCUUCGAUCUAUCUAGGCUGGGCCAUAGCUACUGCAAUUACCUUAGGAGUUACUGGAGUGCUGCCUGUUCUCUCCUGGUUUUCAACUUAUCAUUUCUCCAUCUCUUCUGCAAUUUGUAUUGCUACAUUUGCAGUUGUCCUAGUGGUAUCUUGUGGCGCAUCAUACUUGGGGAUCGUCAACUCUAGGGAUGGAAAUGCACCAACCACAACCGAUUUCCUUUCUUCCUUUCUCCCUUUGGUUGGCAUACCAGCAGUUUUAUCUCUUGGUUGUGGCUUGCUUAAAUGGAAAGAUGAUAACUGGAAACUUUCCCGUGGUGUGUAUAUGUUUGUUGCUGUGGGUGUUCUUCUACUGCUUGGGGCAAUAUCGGCUGUAAUUGUCAUUGUUGAGCCUUGGACGGUUGGGGCUGCUUUCCUGUUACUUCUUCUACUUAUAGUUCUUGCUAUUGGUGUCAUUCACUGCUGGGCAUCAAACAACUUUUAUUUGACCAGAAUGCAAAUGUUCUUUGUCUGUUUCCUCUCUUUUCUUUUGGCUUUGGCUGCAUUUCUAAUAGGAUGGUUUGAAGGGAAAUCUUUUGUUGGAGCAUCUGUUGGAUAUUUUUCGUUUCUCUUUCUUCUGGCUGGAAGGGCUCUGACUGUACUCCUCUCACCUCCUAUAGUUGUCUAUUCACCUAGAGUUCUACCAGUUUACGUUUACGAUGCUCAUGCAGAUUGUGGAAAAAAUGUCAGCGUGGCAUUUUUGGUGCUUUAUGGGGUUGUAUUAGCAACUGAAGGAUGGGGUGUGGUUGCCAGUUUGAUUCUGUAUCCACCAUUUGUUGGUGCUGCUGUAUCAGCUAUUACACUUGUUGUGGCCUUUGGAUUUGCUGUCUCUCGUCCUUGCCUGACCUUGAAGACUAUGGAAGAUGCUGUGCACUAUCUUAGUAAAGAAACUAUUCUGCAGGCUAUAGCAAGAUCUGCUACUAAGACAAGAAAUGCUAUAUCUGGGACUUGUUCUGCGCCACAAAGAUCUGCUAGUUCAGCUGCUCUGUUGGUUGGAGACCCCACUGUUAUGCGUGAUAGGGCUGGGAAUUUUAUACUUCCUAGGGCUGAUGUAUUAAAACUAAGAGAUCGUCUAAGAAAUGAAGAAUUGGCAGCUCGAUCAUAUUUACGUAGAAUAAGAGAUGGACGAAUUCUAAGCCACGAAUCAGCAUGCAAUUUGGGCCACAUGAGGGAAAUGUGUGCUCAUGCUCGAAUUCUAGCUUUAGAGGAGGCAAUUGAUACAGAAUGGGUAUAUAUGUGGGAUAAGUUUGGUGGAUACCUACUCCUUUUACUUGGAUUGACUUCUAAAGCCGAACGCGUACAGGAUGAGGUCCGCUUGAGGCUGUUUCUUGAUAGCAUAGGUUUUUCCGAUCUAAGUGCAAAGAAGAUCAAGAAAUGGAUGCCAGAAGACCGGAGACAAUAUGAAAUGAUUCAGGAAAGUUAUUUACGAGAGAAGGAGAUGGAAGAAGAAAUCUUGAUGCAGAGACGAGAAGAGGAGGGCAGGGGAAAGGAAAGAAGAAGGGCUCUCCUAGAAAAAGAAGAAUGGAAAUGGAAGGAAAUCGAAGCCUCUUUAUUGUCAUCCAUUCCAAAUGUUGGUGGUAGGGAGGCAGAAGCUAUGGCAGCAGCAGUGCGUGCUGUUGGGGGUGAUUCAGUUUUGGAUGAUACCUUUGCACGUGAAAGAAUUUCAAGCAUUGCACGUAGAAUACGAGCAUCUCAAUUAUCUCAGCGGGCAGUCCAGACUGGAAUUUCUGGCACUUAUUGUAUUCUUGAUAAUGAGCCAACAAAUGGUAAACACUAUGGACUGAUUGAUCAAAGUAUAUGUGGUAGUCAAAAGGUUAGCUUCUCUGCUGGGGUGCUAGUACAGCCAGAGUCUGGUCCAGUUUGUCUUUUGGGUACAGAAUUUCAGAAGAAGCUUUGCUGGGAAGUCCUUGUGGCCGGUUCAGAACAAGGUAUGGAGGCUGGGCAAGUUGGGAUAAGACUAAUCACUAAAGGCGAGAGACAAACUACAGUAUCAAAGGAGUGGAGUAUUGGUGCCACUAGUAUUGCUGAUGGAAGGUGGCAUAUUGUAACGGUAACCCUAGAUGCUGACUUGGGGGAAGCCACCUGCUAUCUGGAUGGUGGCUUUGAUGGCUAUCAGGCAGGCCUACCAUUGCAUGUGGGUGGUGGUGGAAUUUGGGAACAAGGGACAGAAGUUUGGAUUGGAAUUAGACCUCCUACGGAUAUUGAUGCAUUUGGAAGAUCGGAUAGUGAAGGAACUGAGUCCAAGGUUCAUUUGAUGGAUGUCUUCCUCUGGGGAAGGUGCUUGACCGAAGAUGAAGUGGGUUCGCUUUAUGCUUCAACCGGUACUGCUGAAUACAGCAUGAUUGAUCUCCUAGAAGAUAAUUGGCUAUGGGCGGAUUCUCCAGCUAGGGUUGAUGGGUGGGACAGUGAUCCUGUUGACGUGGAUCUUUAUGAUAGGGAUGAUGUAGAUUGGGAUGGGCAAUAUUCAAGUGGAAGGAAACGAAGAACAGAACGUGAAGGGGUGGUGUUAGAUAUUGAUUCUUUUGCUAGGCGGUUGAGGAAACCUAGGAUAGAAACUCAAGAAGAAAUUAAUCAGAGGAUGCUGUCUGUUGAAUUGGCUGUUAAAGAAGCACUCACUGCUAGAGGAGAGACUCAUUUCACCGACCAGGAGUUCCCCCCAAAUGAACGUUCACUAUUUGUAGACCCGGACAAUCCCCCUUCAAAGUUACAGGUUGUCUCGGAGUGGUUGAGGCCAAAUGAAAUUGUGGAGAAGAACCAGUUGAAAGCACUUCCAUGCUUAUUUUCUGGGUCUCCAAAUGCUUCUGAUGUUUGCCAAGGACGAUUAGGUGAUUGUUGGUUUCUGAGUGCCGUUGCUGUUUUAACCGAGGUCUCACGAGUAUCAGACAUCAUAAUUACUCCUCAAUACAAUGAAGAAGGGAUCUAUACUGUUCGCUUCUGUAUUCAGGGAGAGUGGGUUCCUGUUGUAGUAGACGAUUGGAUUCCAUGUGAAUUGCCCUCAAAACCCGCAUUUGCAACGAGUAGAAAGGGGAACGAAGUGUGGGUUUCUUUAUUGGAGAAGGCGUAUGCGAAACUGCAUGGUUCCUAUGAGGCACUUGAAGGAGGUCUUGUCCAAGAUGCUCUUGUGGAUCUGACUGGCGGUGCUGGCGAGGAAAUUGACAUGAGAAGCUCUCAAGCUCAAAUCGAUCUUGCAAGUGGCAGAUUAUGGUCUCAAUUGUUACUAUUCAAGCAAGCCGGCUUUCUUCUUGGUGCUGGAAGUCCUUCAGGCUCAGAUGUUCAUAUCUCUUCCAGUGGAAUUGUUCAAGGCCAUGCCUACUCAUUAUUGCAGGUGAGGGAAGUAGAUGGGCAUAAACUAGUUCAAGUUAGAAACCCAUGGGCAAAUGAAGUUGAAUGGAAUGGGCCUUGGUCUGAUUCCUCACCCCAGUGGACUGACAGAAUGAGACACAAGCUUAAUAAGCAUGUCUCACAUUCAAAGGAAGAUGGUAUAUUCUGGAUUUCAUGGCAAGACUUCCAAAUUCACUUCCGUUCGAUAUAUGUUUGUCGUGUCUACCCACCCGAGAUGCGUUACUCAUUCAAUGGGCAAUGGAGAGGAUACAGCGCAGGUGGCUGCCAAGAUUACGACACGUGGCAUCAAAAUCCACAGUUCAGGAUCAGAGCCAAUGGUCAAGAUGCUUCUUUUCCUAUGCAUGUGUUCAUCACACUUACUCAAGGUGUGAGUUUCUCAAGAACUGGUGCUGGUUUCAGAAAUUAUCAAUCUAGCCAUGAUGCGAUGAUGUUCUACAUUGGGUUGAGGAUUCUGAAGACAAGAGGUCGACGUGCUGCUUACAACAUAUAUAUGCAUGAAGCAGUUGGUGGGACGGAUUAUGUGAAUUCGAGAGAAAUAUCGUGUGAAAUGGUGUUGGAUCCUGAUCCAAAGGGUUAUACAAUAGUGCCUACUACUAUUCACCCAGGAGAAGAAGCUCCUUUCGUUCUUACUGUCUUCACAAAAGCAUCAAUAACAUUGGAAGCUUUAUAAUAGCUGCUGAAGCCAGCCCACAUCUGUCAAUUUGUGAAUAAAAAACUGUAAAUAUUACAAUCAUCUAGCUAAUGCAAGCAUGGAAAUGAUGCAGAAGGUGAGUCUUGCUGAAAAGGAAGGAAGGAAGGAAGGAUACUGACUUGUCAAAGGUAACCAAUCAAUUAAUCUGUACUGACUACAAAUGAGUAGUAGAUAAUGUAAGAAUUUUAGGAUUUCAUCCUGUAAAUGACAGAUUGAGGUAAAAGCAGCAGUUGAAAUUGAGUUUAAAAGUUUCAGCUGCAGAGUUUUGAUGUGCUCUAUUUAUUUGAUGAUAAUUAACAUUAUUAUUUAUGGUUAGUAUCAAUCCAAUAUAUGUUUUAUUUAC